UUUUUAUGGCCAGUUGUAUAAAGAAGCAGUUCGAAACAAACUAAGACUACUGUGAGAUGACUACAUUUGAUUGAAAUAUCCAGAGUAUGGUCCAGAGUAGACACAGAAGAAAUGGAAUGUGUUUAUAUUGUCUCAGAAAUCACCCAGAGUUCUCUGGAUGGCUAUAGGGAAACUCAUCCAGUCCACACUGUAUUUGUCGUACUAGAAGCAUAGAUGAAACAGUCCAUUUCCUAAAGGGCAAAUACAACAUAGUGUUUUUAUAAUGAGCCAUUACCUUUCUGAAGGAAAGUAAACAUGCAUUUGGGAAACAAUGGGUCAGUCUUUAGAAUAUUUCUAAUGAUCACAGAAUUUUUAGGCUUUACAUUAUUGUUUCAGCAUCACAGAAACAACAAUGAACAAGCAGCUUCUGGGCUACAGAAAGUACUUUUUAUUACAAGUGCCAAUCAACACUACACAUUUAUAUUUCUGUUUGUUUUAGACAACACUGAUUUCAGGAUGGGCUCCAUCAGUGCAGCAAAUGCAGAAUUUUGUUUUGAUGUAUACAACCAGCUGAAAGUCCAGCAUCCAAAUGAGAACAUCUUCUAUUCCUCCCUGAACAUCAUUGCAGCCUUGGCCAUGGUCUAUAUGGGAGCAAGAGGGAACACUGAGUAUCAGAUGGAGAAAGCUCUUCACUUUGACAGCAUUGCAGGACUUGGAGGAAGCAGUCAGACAAAGUGUGGCAAAUCUGUGAACAUGCACAUACUGUUUAAAGAACUCCUCUCUGAUAUUACCACAUCAAAAGCCAAUUAUUCACUCCGCAUUGCCAAUAGACUCUAUGCAGAAAAAUCACAUCCUGUCCUACCGAUUUACCUGAAAUGUGUGAAGAAACUGUACAGAGCAGGUCUGGAAACAGUGAACUUCAAAACAGCAUCAGACCAAGCCAGACAGCUCAUUAACUCCUGGGUGGAAAAGCAGACAGAAGGACAGAUCAAAGAUUUGCUUGUAUCAAGCUCUGUUGAUCUUGAUACAGCGUUGGUCCUUGUUAAUGCCAUUUACUUCAAAGGGAUGUGGAAGACAGCAUUUAAUGCAGAAGAUACUCGAGAAAUGCCCUUCAAUGUAACAAAGCAAGAAAGCAAACCUGUGCAAAUGAUGCGUCUGAACGACACCUUUAAUGUGGCCACGCUGCCUGCAGAGAAAAUGAAGAUCCUGGAGCUCCCCUACGCCAGCGGAGAGCUGAGCAUGUUGGUGCUGCUGCCUGAUGAGGUUUCUGGCCUGGAGCGGAUUGAGAAGACAAUUAGCUUUGAAAAACUCACAGAGUGGACCAAUCCCAAUACUAUGGAGAAGAGGAGAGUGAAAGUGUACCUGCCCCGUAUGAAGAUUGAGGAAAAAUAUAACCUCACAUCUGUCUUAAUGGCUUUGGGAAUGACCGACCUGUUCAGCCGUUCAGCCAAUCUGACUGGCAUUUCUUCAGCAGAGAGCUUGAAAAUAUCCCAGGCUGUGCAUGGGGCCUUCAUGGAACUCAGUGAAGAGGGCACUGAGGUGGCAGGCUCCACAGGGGUGAUAGAAGACAUCAAGCAUUCCUCUGAAUUAGUAGAGUUUAGGGCUGAUCACCCAUUCCUCUUCUUCAUCAAACACAACACAACCAACACCAUUGUCUGUUUUGGCAGAUACUGGUCCCCCUAAAGAGAGAAAGAGCUAGAAAUAACACACGCCUUCCCCUCAGAAAAUCCCUUUAUCGUAGUGUUAUAGCAUAAUCUUAUCUCUUCCACAGAAAAUACAUACCCACAGGAGAGGAGACAGCACCAAGAACACUUACUCCUUCCCUUCUUGUAUUGGUUUCAGAAUGGCUUGAUAUGAGCAAAGACUGAGCCAACAAGAUGGUGAGAAUGAAGACGCCUAUCAGCCAUGAAGGCGACAAGUGAUUUUCACCCAAGAAAUAAAUAGUAGGAAUGACCCUAAGUCCUUGGGAGCCCAUUACAUAGAAAGCAACGAGCUUUGCUCAUCCCAUUCCCUGGUACCAUACUGCUGACAAACCCAUGUUACCAUUCUUGAAACGUGGGCUUUGAGAUCUCCAGUCUAGAGGGGGUGUUUGUGGAAGAGUUUCUGGUGUGCAGGUUAUUGAUUUGUGAUUAUGUCAAUUUUAUUUUUUUUUAUUCAGUAAUUGGGCAAUGGUAUACAUGUUCACUAUCACUGGAGUUGUCCUCUCACCAUAAGUUCCUCACCUAAUUGUGAAUUUCUUGUAGAGGUUCUUCAAAGUACUGCAGAGUCUUCCUUCCACUUCAGAGAAGGGAAAAAAAUCUAGUCUUGCAUAAGUGCAGUUAUCCCUUUUCUCCAUGGAGAUCCAGAUGAUUCUUAUGAUCCAGAAUUCAGUGAGAUCCACUGGGCAAAAGAACUGUCUAAAUUUUUGUUUAAAAGUUUAGAAGACACUUCAAAUUUGAGAACAUUCUAAUACACCUUUUUAGUGAAAAAUCCUGAAAGUGUUGUAAAAAACUUCGUCUAAGAAAUAAAUUAAAAUCCUCAUUUUUUCUGUCUUCUCUUCCUAUGUAUAGAUUGUCAACUGCAAAUAUGGAUCCACUGGCUCAAUAUUACAUUCUGUUUUCAUUCUAAUCACUCACUGUUGAUUUACAUGCAUACAAUUGAUUUUGUUUUGGUUAAAAUAAUAAAGAAAAACCACAAACACUUUUCAUGUGUUUCACUGUGAGAAAAAUGUGAUUUAGCACAAAAAAUGUAUUCUUAGAAUGAAUAAAGCAUGCAGAUAUGAAGUUUUUCAGGCAUUUAUGACAUUUUUAGGAGUAUCUGUUUUCAAGAACUUCACCAAAGACCUACAACCAGUUUGAUUCUUCUCUGUAUUUAGAUGACAAGAAGUAUCACAAUAGAAUACAAGGUUAUUCCUAUGCAUUUUUCUGUGCCAUUCCAACAGGUAUAAAAGAUGA